GACUGAUGAAAUUGCACAAGCAGCUGAAGCAUUCGUUCAACAUCAAAAUGGAGAUAAUAUAUGUAUAAACAAUGAAGGUUUGAAUAUGGCCAAAAUAACUGGAGAUUGUGGUUGUCUUGCAAAAUGUAUAAAACAAUUUGAACAAGAUGAAAUAAUAACUCAUAUACUAUCUAUGCAUGAACUACCAAAAGAAGGUAAAGACAUGUACUUAAUGGGUAAAUUGAAAUCAACAGGAGUCGAUAAAUCCCGUUCAAGAUAUGGAGAGCGAAAGCGAACUAGAUAUGCUUAUACCUUUGACGACAGAGAGGUUUGUCGCGAUGUAUUUCUUCUUACGCAUGAUAUUGGAGAGUCUUAUUUAAAGUCUUUGCUCAAACACAUGAACACUAAUGGUAUUGCUCCACGAAAACAUGGAAAUUGUAAUAGACGUCCGAAAAAUGCAUUUUCAUUUGAGGAAAUUUCAAAUAUAGUACAAUACUUGAAAAAUUAUGCUCGUCUGCAUGGUUUACCACAAGCUGCCCCACCUAACAGACAUGACUCAGAACCUCAUGUUUUGUUACCUACGUGUGAAUCAAAACAGUCUGUGUUUGACACAUAUAUAUCAGCAUGUCAGGCAGAUGGAAAUAGAAGUGUCCACUUAACAACAUUCAAAAAUGUCUGGUCGUCUUGCUGUCCGCACAUACGAUUCGCCUCUUUACAUUCUGAUGUGUGUACUACUUGUAAAAGGUUACGAGAAUCUGUCACUCUAGCACAAACUGAGGAGGACAAAAUUGAAACAUCCCAAAAUUACAUAUCCCAUAUUGAAGCUGCAAGGAGAGAACGAGAGCUGUACAACGGAUGGUUGUCAAAAUCUCGCGACGAGUUUAGUAACUAUAAUCAAGGACAGGUUUUAAAGAAUGUUCACUAUACAAUUGAUUUUGCUCAAAGUAUUAGUUUGCCACAUCAUACCGAUCAAGUCGGUCAACUGUAUUUUUUAUCCGGUAGAAAGGUUAAAGUUUUUGGGGUAUGCAUGGAAGGAAAACGGAAACAGUAUAACUAUUUGGUUGAUGAAGACGAGGGAAUUUUUAAAGAUUGUGCAGAUACAAAGGGUCCAAACGCAACAAUUUCCAUGUUUGACCAUGCUGUUGAGUGUUACGGUCUGAAUGAGUCUGAAUGUGGAACCAUUGUGAUAAUUGUCCAGGAGAAAACAAAAAUCGAUAUAUGACUGGCUAUCUUGCUUGGCGUGUGCUAACUGGACAACACCAGAAAAUAAGCCUAAUGAUGCAGUUUCCUGGUCAUACAAAAUGUUUGGUAGACGCUGGAUUUGGUCAAGCAAAAAAACU